UGAUCAGUGUUUGUGUUACGUAGAACAGUAGCACAAAUAGAUAAUAUAUAUGAAUAUAUAUAUAUAUCAUUAACGACGAGUUGGACAGUCUUGUAAGUAGAGCUGUCAAUAAUCUGAGAAUACGGAUACUGUUGAGACAGCAAUGGUGUUGUUUUAGGAAAGGACUAAGCGCUCAGAACAAUUAUAUUCUGGGAAAGACGGGUAUCUAAUUACCAGACUGCAGCAAUUAGCUGAGGUGGAAUUUCAUUAAUUUAAAGUGAACGCCCACGAGGAAAAAAAAUGGUGGCGGAACAAAUGCGACCUUCAGAUAUACGGUUCACACACGACAGUGUGAGCUGUAGGUUUUCUGAUGGACACACACUUGAAGAAACAUUUAAAGAUCUUCUGUAUGAUGAUGUCACAUUGCCUCCGUUAGUUGUCAUGCACUACAGUGGAUAUUGGUUUGUGGUGAGAGGCAAUCGGAGACUUUAUCUUCUCAAAAAACUCGAAGAUAUAGGGAAAAUUCAACAGGUCACAGUUAUUAAACGUGCAUUCCAAGAUCAUUUAUUUUACAAACAAUUCACGACGAAGAAUAUGGGAAUAUCUAUUCGAAUAAGAGGUAACCGGUUUAUUGAAGGAACAUUACGUCAGUGUAUCAACGAUUGGAGGUACUCAAAAACUCGGCCUUCCAGCAGCAUUUUCACGGGUGACUUUAUGGAUUCCAGCAUUAGUUCUUCCAGCAGCUCUUCCAUGGACAACUGGAUGGAUUCCUACACCCGGCCUUCUUCCAGCAGCAUUUCAAUGUACGGAUCCGGGAGUAUCCCUCGCCACUCUUUCUCAAACUAUAGCCCCCCUUCGAGGACCCCACCUGUCAGAUCCUACACACCGUUGCCAAGUCCUCCACCGGCAAAAAAAGACGAUUCCUGGUGCACAAUACUGUAGUGACCAUUGUUGGAUUAUUGUCGCUGUGAUUGUUUCUUCGCCUAUCUGUAUCUUUUUGAUAAAACUGACUCGGGCCCAAACCGAAAUAGUCAUAGUUGUGGUUAUCUAUUUAUAGUUUUUUUUACGUGUUUUCAGUUAUUUUCUCUAUAUGUUUAUGAUAUAUCACCAGUUUAUUUAUGCAUGAUUUUUGUUCCUAAAUGCAAUUUAAGCCAUUACAGUGUUCGCAAAUGUAAAUUUAUACAUUUAUUGUGAUUUGAAGGAAUCCUAACUACACAAUCACGUAACUUUUUAUGCAUAAAUACAGUGUGUUUUGAUUUCACCUUGGUGUUUAUAAUAUAAUGACAAACCUAUCAUACAUAUACAUAUCCCAAAGAUUGUACAUUUGUAAAUAUGUCAAAAAAAAACAAUAGAUGUACAAGACAUUGUGAUGUCAUGUUAAUUAUGUCUAUAUGACAUAAACUAUGUACUUACUACUAUACGUAUUGUUGAAUUAAAUUGUUGCUCAUAAUUUAA